AUGGUCAAUAAGAUCAUCAUAAGCAGCACAGGUUCAGAUGGACAUGGUGAGGGACAGAAGCUAACACAAAACUGGAUAAACCACGGUGGGGACAUAUACAAUAGAAGAUAUUCAAACAAAGAAACAAAGAUUAGCCCCAAAACAGUUUCCAACCUGAAGUUGAAGUGGGAAUUUUAUGCAGGCAGAGAUAUAACAGCAACACCAGCAAUUUUUUAUGGUAUCCUUUAUUUUCCAAGCUGGAAUGGCUACCUAUAUGCUGUUGAAUCAUCUGAUGGAUCUCUAAUUUGGAAGCAGAACUUGCUAAAUUUAACAGGCUUUAAUACAACUGGUUUCACUUUUAAUGUUAACACAACUGUAUCAAGAUCAACUCCAACAAUAGCAGGAGACCUGCUUAUUGUUGGAAUAUAUGGUCCUGCUGUGGUUAUUGCUGUUAGACGAUCAAACGGGAAGCUUGUGUGGUCAACCAAGCUUGAUAACCACCCCACAAGUGUUAUCACCAUGUCUGGGACUUAUUACAAGGGGGCCUUUUAUGUUGGAACGUCUUCACAAGAAGAAAGCGUAAGCAUUGAGCAAUGCUGCACCUUCCGGGGAAGCUUCUCCAAAUUAGAUCUCAAAACUGGCAAAAUCUUGUGGCAGACCUUCAUGCUGCCUGAGAACAAUGGAAAGCGUGGAGAAUACGCAGGAGCAGGUAUAUGGGGAAGUAGCCCAUCAAUUGACAGAACUCGGAACCUUGUUUAUAUUGCCACAGGCAACCUAUAUUCAGCACCUCUUCGUAUUCGCCAAUGCCAAGAAAAGCAGAAUAAUCAAACUGUACCCAGUAAUCCAGAUGAGUGUAUUGAGCCUGAUAAUCACUCGAAUUCUAUCCUAGCUCUUAACCUGGACUCUGGAAAUAUCAAGUGGUACCAGCAGCUAGGAGGUUAUGACGUGUGGUUUUUUGCUUGUAACAAUCUUUCCACUCCCAAUUGUCCUCCUGGCCCCAACCCAGAUGCUGAUUUCUCAGAGGCACCAAUGAUGCUGAGUGUAUAUGUAAAUAGAACCAAGCAAGAUAUAGUUGCUGCAGUUCAGAAAAGUGGAUUUGCAUGGGCAUUGGAUCGCGAUGAUGGCAACAUCAUUUGGUCUACUGAAGCUGGACCUGGCGGUGCUGGUGGUGGAGGCUAUUGGGGUGCAGCCACGGACACAAAGAGGGUCUACACCAACAUUGGCAACUCUCGAAGCUUAAAUUUCACUCUUAAGCCAUCGAAAAGGAACACUACAACUGGUGGAUGGGUGGCAAUGGAUGCUCGCAAUGGUGACAUCCUAUGGUCAACAGCUAAUCCAAGCAAUGCCACUGCUAGUGGCCCUGUUACCGUAGCUAAUGGGGUGCUCUUUGCUGGUUCAACAUAUAAACACGGACCAGUAUAUGCAAUCAAUGCCAAAACUGGAAGAAUCCUCUGGUCGUAUAACACUGGAGCUACCGUAUAUGGUGGCAUGUCAGUGAGUGAUGGAUGUGUUUAUAUUGGUAAUGGAUACGAGGCUAGUUUUGGCUUUGUAAUGCCAUCCUACACUGCUGGGACUUCACUCUUUGCUUUCUGUAUCGUUUGA